AUGCGAGCGACCAAGAGCAGCGUGCAGGACGAUGAGGAGUACUCGGAGCACGCUCUGCUGGACCGAGAUAAUGGCUUUACCCCUAGCACGCCCCCUUCCUCAUCUUUCGAACGCAUCGGGAACGGUUGGUUCCAGUACACGGCCAUAUCGCUACUCGGGUUGGGCAACGCAUCGGAUGCUGUGGAACUGCUGGCCAUCUCCUACAUUCUGCCCGAGCUCCCGGACAUCACCUCGGCACAGAAGGGAGCUCUGUCGGCAGCCAUGUUUGGCGGGAUGCUGGUGGGAGGAAUGGUGGCCGGCCUGCUGAGCGAUCGCCUGGGCCGCAAGCCCUGCCUCCUCGCGUCCCUCUUCAUCAACGCCUUCUUCGGCCUGGCUUCUGCCUUCGCGCCAAACUGGGUGAUGUUGGUCGUGUUUCGAGUCCUGUCGGGCGUGGGAGUGGGCGGGUCAGUGCCCAGCGUGUGGACGAUGGCCACGGAGAUCCUUCCGCUUCAUCGACGGGGCUUUUACAUCACCAUCGUCGCCUGGUGGUGGAUGGUCGGAACGAUCGGUACGGCCGGCCUUGCGUGGAUCAUGCUCGGUGCGCUUGACCUUUCCUGGCGAUGGUUUGCGGGAGCCUGCGCCAUCCCAUCGCUCGUCUGCGGCGUACUCUCGAUUUUCGUGCUCCCCGAGAGUCCGCGCUUCUUUUUGAUCACACGGUCCUAUGCGGAGGCGAUCCACGUGUUGGAUUGGAUAAGCAGGACCAACGGCAAGGGUCCGUGCCGGCUCACCGAAGACGACCUCCUGCGCCAGGAGAAAGCGGACCCCGACACCGACGACGCUGGCGAAUACGCCGACGACGAAGUGGCGGUAGCCUCGCCGCACGUCGAGAAGCGGCUGCGUGUGAAAGAGGAGCGCGUGGUCCAUGACCACCACUUCGAGCCCACCAGCGCUUCGUCUUCGUCCUCGGCUCGACGUAAGCAGCGGACGACUCCCAAGGCCCUGCUGGCCCCGCUCUACGACCUGCUCCAUCCGUCGAUCGCCCGCACCACCGUGCUCCUCACCAUCAUCUGGUGGGCGCUCAACUUUGGGUGGUACGGCCUCACCCUCUGGCUGCCCACCCUCUUCGCCAAGGUGGGCUUCGCGGUGGACAUCUAUCAGGACACCUUCUUGGUGUCGGCAUCCAACCUGCCGGGCAAUAUCAUGGUCUCGCUCAUCAUCGACCGGGUGGGCCGCAAGAACCUGCUGGGCUCCACGCUCGUGAUCUCCACUUGCCUCGUGGUGGUGCUGGCCUUUGCGCAGGAGUCCAAGGUCGCGGUGCAACGCACCACCGCCAUGGGCGUACUGACGUCGAGCGGUCGUCUGGCGGCCCUGACGGCGCAGUUCGUGAACGGGGCGCUCAUCGAUUCGUCCGUGUUCCUGCUCCUGAUCGUGACCAGCGCCAACCUGAUCGUGGGCGCGGGGGCCGCCUUCUUCCUCGUCGACACGGCCCAUCGCCGACUGGCCGACGACGUGCGCGUCAUCAACGAAGAAGACGACCCGGAGAAGAGGGACGACCCCAUCAUCCUCCACAGCCCCCAUCGAUCGUGA